AUGGCAGAAACGGUUCUCUCUUUUGUGCUGGAUCAACUCUCAACUUUUCUGCGCGAGGAGGGAGGACUAUUGGGAGGGCUUCGGCAAGAUGUCCAAUCCAUCCGGGAUGAGUUGGGGCACAUGAGAGCUUUCCUGAGAGAGGCAGAAGCAAAAGAAGAAGAUGCUCAACCCAGGCUCCAAGAAUGGAUCAAGCAAGUGCGAGAGGCUGCUUAUGACACUGAAGACAUUCUUGAUGAAUUUGUAGCUCGCUUUGCUCGGCAUCGCACAACAGGAUUCUACGGCUCUGUUCGGAGAAUUUUCAGCUCCAUCAAGAAUUUGAGAGCUCGUCAUCGUGUUGCUAGCGAAAUACAAAGCAUCAAGUCCAGAAUCAAAAGUAUUUCUGAAGGUCAUCAAAGAUAUCAAUCCGAAUAUGGUAUCUCUGCCCAAGCGUCCAACUCACUAUCUGCUGUGAACAACACAACAUGGCGAUAUAGCAGAGAUGAUGCGCUGCUUGUGGAAGAAGAUAAAUUAGUUGGCAUUGACCAGCCCAAGAAGCAUCUAAUUUCUCAGCUCGUCGAAGGGGAUGAUUACCAACUGAAAGUUGUUUCAGUCGUUGGUAUGGGAGGACUCGGCAAAACUACCCUAGUGAAAAAAGUCCACGAGGAUCUUGAAGUUAGAAGGCAUUUCCCAGUUCGUGCUUGGGUAACUGUCUCUCAAACAUGUGACUUUGAGUACCUCCUGAAAGACUUGAUUCGGCAGUUACACAAGGAAGGGAAGAAACCAGUCCCACAAUUGAUCGAGUCCAUGACUACCACCGAGCUGAAAGAAAUUAUCAAAGAUUUUCUUCAACAAGCCGGAAGGUAUGCAAUUGUUUUUGAUGAUGUAUGGGACGUUGAAUUUUGGAAUACCAUCAAAUUUGCACUGCCCGAGAGUAGCUGUGGCAACCGUGUCAUGCUAACAACUCGAAAAGCGGAUGUAGCCACUGCCUCUUGUACAGAAUCUCUAGGUUAUAUCCAUAGAAUGGGGCCGCUGUCCUUUGAAGAUUCAUGGACCCUAUUUUGUAACAAGAUCUUUAAGGGAAAUAGUUGCCCUGGCCAUUUGAUGGAUGUUGCCAAAGGUAUAUUGGAUAAAUGUGAGGGCUUGCCCCUUGCGAUUCUUGCAAUUAGUGGACUUUUGGCUUCGAAAGAUGUAAACAGAAUAGACGAAUGGGAGAUGGUUCAACGCAGUCUUGGAGGUGAAUUAGAAGGCACGGGUAAGCUGGACAGAGUUAAAAAGAUACUCUCUCUCAGUUAUAGCGACCUGCCUUGGCAUCUCAAGACAUGUCUGUUGUACACAAGCAUUUAUCCAGAGGAUUACAGAAUUGGAUGCCUAAGACUUGUUAAUUUGUGGAUUGCUGAAAGGUUUGUAGAAUAG